AUGUUCUUUCCCUGGCUUUGGUGGCCUGCCCUCGUCCAUUCUGCUGCCAACACGCCCACCCAGCUGGAGGUUGCCAUGGACACCAUGAUUAACUUCCACCGCUACUCCUGCAAGGAAGGGGACAGGUUCAAGAUCAACAAGGGGGAGCUGAAAAUGCUCCUGCAGCGAGAUCUCACAGAAUCCCUCUCGUGUCAAAAGGAUCCCGAGUUGGUUGAUAAGAUAAUGCAGGACCUGGAUGCCAAUAAGGACAAUGAAGUGGAUUUUAAUGAAUUUGUGGUCACGGUGGCAGCUCUGACAGUUGCUUGUAAUGAUUACUUUGUAGAACAAUUGAAGAAGAAAGGAAAGACAAGUAGUAAGCUAAUCUAA